AUGGAAAACACCGACUGGAGACAGAUUCCGGCUCCUCAGCGCGAGAUCUUCAGUAUCCAAGACAUCUUGGGACGUACUAACCACUUCCUCAACGUUACUGUGUGUAGCGCUAUCGGGUUUUUUGCACUACACGUUGGUAAGGUGCAAGGCGAGGAGUUUUGCCGAUACUUUUUCUACUUCGGUCUUGAGGACAAAUUCAAGUUCCGAGACACCAGCGGAUAUGAGGUCAAUAUCGUUGGUCUGGUGAUGUGGAUGGGCCGCAAGAACUGGCGCGAGGGAGAACUCACUGUCCGCUUCGUCAUCCAGGAGCGUCCCUUUUACCACCCCGUGGCUGCGUACAGGUUUCCUCUCAUGGAUCCGUGGCGUGACGACGUCAGUGUUACCAUGCUCACUCUCCUCAACAUCCUUCGAGGAAACACACUGAGUCUCGGUGACCGUGAUCGUACCGACCUGACCACGUUCAAAUUCUGGCCCUUGGAGUGCUCCCUCUUGGAUGAUCCUGGAAUCCGCGGCCACCGUGAUGCCUUGACACAGUGGAUGAUCCGCUGGGAGUCCAAGGAGUAUGUCCUAUGGAACUCCUAUCGUCAAUACAUUGACACGGACGCUGUCCUGGAAAUCGCGGGCCUGGACAACUGGGAUCUUGGAUCACAGCCUUUUGACACUAUCAUUGGAAUUGGCUUCACCGCCGAGGGUGUCCCCCGCGACCUUCAACCUAUGACCAUCACCAUGCAGCCCAAGAAGAUCCGUGGCGGUUAUUGGGCCAUUGGCUAUGACAGAGUUCUUUACAUCGGCUUGGACCGUCUUCCUUACGAGACGCCUCCCGUUCCCGUCACAACCACUGCUGACAACUCCGCUGAGACCUGGACCUACGCAGAGGCUCAUACUCAGCCUGAGGAUCUUCUCACAGGAAGCCCACGCCCACGACCUGCCACUCACGAAAGCAACUUCUUUGAGUACCUGCAGAUGGUCGAAAGCCACUCAGACAGCUCCGGUGAAUUCCAGCUCGUCACUAUGUGCCAGCGUCUGGGUAUUGAGAGUCAGCCUCAGAGCGAGCACUUCGACAACCUUGGCGACGACGAGGAUUACAGCGACAAUCAAUCCAGCAGCGAUGACUCCAGCGACGAAGGCCAUUACGAUGAGUUCAUGCGCUACUACCUCCAGGGAUAG